GGUUAUCAGUCAAUUGAUUGACACGCGAGUAUGGUUGUUUGUGCUCGGCGACUUUUCUCAAUUCCCCAGUUCCCAUGGCAAAUCGAAUCCAGUUUUUUUCGAGGGCUGCAACUGCCCUGAAACGUGACCCGGGAUGUUCCAAUCAUCAUAACUGCAUUGCGACUAUCACCUAGAACACUCUCAGCCAAUACCUGGCGGGUCUACGCUUAUCCGUUGGCGGCAGAUAGCCUCGCCUGCCUCCUUUCUCGCUGCCACCAAUCGAAUUCAAUAUGAAAGCAUCAGUGAUGCAUUUCUGAUUAGCUCUGGCUGCCUGAAAUGGAGCCCCCGCCGGAGUCCAGUCCACUUCUCGACAGUUCCAGCGUCGGAAUAGCAGCCAGUCGCAGAAUCGGCUCUGCUGGGUCUCGCUACGACUACGCUGAGCUCGCCGAGCUGCACAACGUGGAGGCGCCAUCGUCGGUCGUGCCAUUACCAACGACCGGCCCGCGGAAAAAGCAGCAGCUGCAGCAGCAGGAGCAGAAGCAGCGUCAGGGGCCGACGCUGUUUUGUUGGGCGGGGCGCAGCAGGAGCAAGGCGGAGAGCUCCCCCGUCACUUGCUGCGGCUGCAAGGGCACAGAGUUCAUCCACGACUUUCCGUGCGUGUGCGCGCCGUGUGGGCUGUACUUCUGCAAGGCCAGCUGCAUGAAGGACAGGCAUCUGCAUCUGGUCGGCGGCAGGGCCUGCAUCCUGAGCCUGGCGGAUCCGGCGGCCGCGGCGGCGGUGCGGGCGGAAGUCAGGUGGCGCCUGCGGGAGCGGCGCCCGCUGCAGGACGACAGCCCAGAGCCCCGCACGCGGCUGCUGGAUCCGUUGGCGAUACGCGCGCUGUCUGUUCCGAAGGACUGCCGCAGCCAGAUCGCAGCCGUGGCAGCCUGCAUCCGCACCGCGGUGGGCGGUCGCGAGGGCUUCAACCGGGUGGUGGACGCGGUGGAGGUUGACCGGGGCAAGGCCUGCUGCGUGUGCGGCCACCAGGUGCUCAUCUUGGGCUUCGCGUACCCCAGCACCGGGGCACUGCCCGCGGCGCCGGUCCCCCAGCGGACCAAGAAACGUGCCAAGGCCCAAAAGCCGGCGCCGGGUGGGGCAGCCGCCGCCGGACCGCCGCCGGUGGACAAGGCGCAGCCGCAGGCGCCACCGCAGGAGUUCACGGUCGAAGACCUGGACAUUGACAGGCUGCUGUGCUGCGUGUGUGGCGCCUGGCAGCAGCUGUGGCACGACCAGCAACAGCAGCACCAGCACCAGCACCAGCAGCACCAGCACCGCGCGCUGCCGCCUCUGCGCUCGCUGGUCCCCAAGCCGGGCCUGGCGCUGAUCCGCGUGAGCGCGCUCAGCUCGCUCCAGCAGCUGCUGCUGAAGGAGGCUCUGUCCCAGCUGACGGUGUGCGGGCAGCAGGCGCUGGUACAGCCCUUGCAGUGGCAGGUGCCCCGGUGCGAGGCGCUGGCCGACUUCCUGCGCAGACUGGACGAGGAGGACGCCCGGCGGCAGCUGGUGCAGCGGCAGCGGCAGCCCAAGCAGCCGGAGCCGGAGCCGGAUUCGGACGCAGAGCCGGAGCCGGGUCUGGAGGCGCCGGUCUGGGACGCGGACCAGCUGGUGGCGGAGCUGCGCUACUUUGAUGAGUUCAGCGAGGACGAUGCCGCAGCGAUGGCAGAGCUGAUGCAGCAGCCAGGGGGCCUGCUGCCGGGUGGAGCCAGCAGCGACCGGUCGCACAUGCUGCGCCUGGUGCGGGCGAUGGCGCCCUCCAGCCCGCUGUUGACGGCGCCCGACGUGCUCCGCCGCCGCAUGCUGGCGUCCAUCCUCAUCACCGGCCCCCAGGCAUUCGUGCCGCCUGGGGCCAAGGGGGUGGCAGCGCAGGCAGCAUGCGGGGACCCGGGCAAGGAGACGCCAGCGGCCAAGCGGGCCAGGCUGGCGAACGGCGGUGGCGGGACAAGCACGCAGGGCGCCGAGCCGAAGCUGCCGCGGGGUUUCGGGCAGCCCAAAAGUAACGCUACGCGCUUGCAACUGCAGCACCCCUAUCAGGGCGGCGUCUCGGGCUUGCACCUGGACGCCACGAUGGCGUUGAACCUGGCGAUGGCGCCGGCCGGCAUGUCGCCGGACGAGCGGCGCACGGCGGUGCUGGCCAGAUGGGUGUUCGUGUCGCCGGCCGGGCUGGCACAGAUGCUGCACCUGGUGCACAACCUGCUGGCGAAGCAGCCGCUGUCAGCCGUGCGCGCCAAAGUGCAGCUGUGUCCCAACUUUGAAAAGGGCAACCGCCUGCUCUUCACGGCGGAGGGCGUGGCAUGGCUCAAGAGCGAGCUGCCGCCGGGCCAGGUGCUGGAGGUGCAGCAGCGGCACGGGGAUGUGGUCACGGCGCCGCCGGGCUGGGCGCACCAGGUGAUGAACGAGCGCGUCUGCGUCAAGCUGGCGUUUGACCACUACAACCUGUCAGACGUGGCCUCAAACUUCGAGCUGCUGCACCUGGUGCGCGAGGUGGACGCGGGCCUGCCUCCAACAGCCGCCGUGACCGCCACCGCGAUGCUGCUGGAGGACACGCCGCAGGUGGAGCAGACCAUGAUGGACGCGCUGCUGCGCAUGGUGCUGUCGGCAGGCAAGGACGCGGCCAAGAUGUGAGCAGGCACCACCAACACGCACCGUGGGAGCGGACUGCCAGGGAAGAAGGAGAGGGAGGGGGAGGGAUGCGGGCUGAUUCGUUGGUUUGGCAGCUGUGAUGGGCGCAGUAUAAUGACGUUUUGCGAACGCUCACCAACCGUGCACGCAGCACGGCAACAAGGUAUUCGUGCACCGCCGCCUGGCCUCCGCAUUGCAUGAUGAUUGGCAAUCUCAAUAGGGGCGUGCAAUGGACAUGGAGGGGGGGGGCGUGGGAGGAGUGCGGUACCGUCGGCCGUGAUGUUGGCAGUCCACGAAGUGUGUCUAUCCCUGCCUGUGAAGCUGUACCAUUGGCUGUACCGUUGCGGUCCAUGAAGCACGUGACUUAUCAAUGAGCGGCACUGUGACUUAUAGAUCAGCUGUACGUGUGGCAAUUACGCUGCAAACACGCUGUGGUACCUGUGGCUGUACUUGUGUGAAGUUGGCAGUGCACGGGCCUGUUUUGUUUUACGGGCGUGUAAGUUGUUGUACAGAGGUAUGUACGCUGUCUUUACCGGGAUGGUAGGUGGUGUGGUGGGGAUAGUCCGUUAGAAUUUAUGUCGACUAGUAAUUAGUGCGGUCUGUGAAGCUGUGUUUUGUCGGUUUGUGGCUGUACGUGUGGUAAUUGUAUCGUGGUACGUGUGCUACUGGUAGGGAAAGACGUGUGUAGUACCUGUGGCUGUACUUGUGUGAAGUUGGCAGUGCACGGGCCUGUUUUUACGGGCAUGUAAGUUAUUGUACAGAGGUAUGUAAGCUUAUUUCACA